GAGUAUACCAACCUCAAGCAGAAAGAGGGUUGCACUGUUAAGCAGCUGGAGCAGGAGUUUAGAACCUUGGCUAGGUUCUUACCAGAGUAUGCGAUCGAUGAGGACCGCAUGACUGAGCACUUUUGGGAUGCCUUACUUUUAGACAUUCGAGAUCGUGCUACAUACUCACGCCUCAUGACUUUUAGUGAGGUGGUAGAACAGGGCAUGCUGGGGGAGGCCCAGUGGAAUGAAAGGAAAGCAAGAGAUGCCGAAGAGGCAAAGAAGAGGAAGUGGAAUAGUUCGGGGCCGCCCGAUCAUUCCCGAAGGAACAACCACGGUGGUGGUGGUGGUGGUGGUGGCUCAUUCAAGGCACCGGCUCCACCGGCAAAGAAGAAUAGGGACGCGAGGUGGCACGGACCUAGGCCACAAAACUCGGGGGCACCUAGAUGUCCCAAUUGCUCAAAACAGCACUUUGGGAAGUGCAAUGAACCACCGAGAUGUUUUAAAUGCGGGAAUGCGGGCCAUAUGAAGGCCAAUUGCCCUCAAUUGAUGCAAGAGAGUGCAUCGGGAGCCGGGGGAGGGACCAUGACGGGAAGGAAUCGUGCGGGACCGUCACACGGUGGAACGGGAAGAGGCGGCGCGUCAACAAGCAAUGUCGCGUCCGUCAACCAAGGCGGAGCCCAAGCAAGGGUCUACGCGAUGACCGAGGCCGAUGCUCGGGCCAACCCCAACUCCGUUGCAAGUUGAAGCUCAAGUUGCUAUUCUCACCUUGCUCGGUGAAGUGAUCCAAAGGGAGACGUGGUUCGUGCUUCCUUUAUUGUUUUCAAACUAUAAACUAUGCUCAUGGAUAUUUUGUAAUAAAUACAUUUGUUUUGGGCCUGCGUGCCUACGUUUUGGCCAUGUGUGGCUCACGAUUGAAUAUUGAAUAUUUCCGCCAUUCGUUCAAUCCUAAUAUGUGAUGUUGUUAUGUAUGUUUACUUACUGAGUAUGGUAUGGACUAUGUUCAUGGAUGCCUUGUUUGACUAAGUUACGUUGACUCGCGGUUGACGUCAUUUAGUCAUACGGCGGUUGUACACGCGCUCAGAUGCGGUCUGGGGCGUGACAAUUUUGAAGGUUGAACCAUGCUUUAUAUUUAUCUUUCAACUCACUUAAGUGUUUUGCGCAGAUUUUUACCAUCAAAACGAGCACCUGUUUGUGCAUGAAGGUUGUUUACAAUUUUUUCGCAAUCCUAUUUAGUAUUUCCUUUUGAUUCUUCUUCGCUACAAUUAUUCAAAAAUGUACUCGUAAUGAUGUCAUUCCAAACUUGCCUCACUGACAUUGUCUAUAUUUGAUAGUAAAAUGAUAUAGAAUUAUAACUUCAUAAUUGAAGUCAAGUACUUAUACGUUAAUAUUUCUAAUUACAUGUCUAUACAUAAAUAGACUUAAUUUUAUGACGAC